GCAAUUUCACAGAUCGAAAUACGAAGCGUGUUGGAUAAGUUUACGUGUGAAACUUUAAAUUUUUAUAAAUAAAUUAUUUAGCUCAUCAAUUAUUAUGUAUUUAAAAUAGAUCAAAGCUAUAAUUUUUUUUUAUGCUUAACAUGAGAAGUGGUAGUAAAGGCAAGAUUAAAGUCAUAAUGGUGUUGUCGUAAUGAAGUUAAGCAUUGGUCAUCAUUUUAGGUGCCGCACAAAAUAGAAUAAUUGUUAUGUAAUUUUUUUAAAUUGUUAAUCGUGUAAACAAUAACCUAAAGAUGAGGACAGUAGCAUUAAUAAGCGGUGGCAAAGACAGCUGUUACAACAUGAUGCAGUGUGUAGUCGCCGGUCAUGAUAUCGUGGCCCUGGCGAACCUCCAACCUCAACACAAAGAUGAAUUAGACAGUUACAUGUAUCAGACAGUUGGUCACCAAGGUAUAGAGAUGUAUGCUGAUGCAAUGGAACUUCCCUUGUAUAGGGAGGUGACUUCUGGUGUUGCAAUAGAUAAAGGAAGAAAUUAUAAGCCCACUGUCAAUGAUGAGGUUGAGGAUCUUUAUAGAUUGCUAUCAAGGAUUAAGGAGGAGAUGAAUAUUCAAGCAGUGUCAAGUGGUGCCAUAUUAUCUGAUUACCAAAGAAUUAGAGUUGAAAAUGUGUGCCAACGAUUAGGUCUUGUUUCACUAGCAUAUUUGUGGAGGAGAAACCAAAAAGAAUUGCUGCAAGAAAUGGUAUCCAGCGGUGUUCAUGCUAUUCUUAUAAAGGUUGCAGCAUUAGGAUUAGACCCUAUGAAACACUUGGGUAUGACCCUAAAAGACAUUCAGCCACACCUUCUAGUCAUGCAAGAGACAUAUGGACUCAAUGUUUGUGGGGAGGGGGGAGAAUAUGAGACAUUCACUCUUGACUGCCCACUCUUCAAAAAACGUUUAGUGAUAGAUGAAAAAGAGUUAAUAAUACAUUCAGAUGACUCUGUCGCCUCUGUUGGAUACUUGAAUUUGAAGUGUCACCUUGAACCGAAAGAUGACUAUGAUGGAACAAUCAAACUGCCUAUUAACGUGAAAAACUCCUUCGAAUUUGUUAAAGAUUUAAGUGACACAGUCUUCAGUGAUAUUAGCGAUAUUGAUUUAAGUGAAUCGGAGUUGGAGUCAAUUGAGAAACUGGAGAUAGAAGAGAAAAAGAAACAGGAAGAGUUAAAUCCUUUAAUCAAUUAUGAAGGGAGAAAAUUUCUAGACAAAAAUGAGUCAGUAGAUCAAAUAGAAGAUGAUGUAGCUGAAGAUGGUUAUUAUUAUGAUGAAGUGCAUAAUGAAAGUAAUAAAUUCCCUGUUGUAGACCACAGAUCGAUAUAUGGUAAUAAGCAUGGCUGGUUUUAUAUUGGUGGCAUAGUUGGUGAAGGUUCAGACACUGCAUUAGCAACAGGAGAUGCAAUGCGAAAAUUAAUUAGCUUGUUACAAUCAGAAAACUUAGAGCUGUCAAAUGUUUGUUCUGUGAAUUUAUAUAUGAGGGACAUGGGACAUUAUGCGGCACUCAAUGAAGUUUAUGUGAACACAUUCAACUUUCCCAAUCCACCCACUCGAGUCUGUGUGCAAUGUCCAUUGCCUGAAGAUGUAGGUCUCAUUAUGGAUGCUGUUGCCUAUAGACCAAUUCGAAAUCCUAAUAAUGAUGGUGAUUGUACCAACACCAAAGAACGUGUGACAAUGCAUGUACAAGGUAUCUCGCACUGGGCUCCAGCUAAUAUUGGACCUUACAGUCAAGCAAUAAAGGUGGGUGAAAUAGUAGGUACUUGUGGUCAGAUUGCCUUAGUUCCGGGCACUAUGAAGUUGGUAGAAGGCGGCGCACGCGCUCAGUGUGCUCUAGCCCUAAGACAUCUCACGCGCGUGUUACGGGCGUCACAUCCGCGUGCUACCAUACGGAGUGUUGUACAGAGCGUGUGUUACGUGCGCGGGCGAGGCGGUGCCCGCGAGGCGCGGCGCCAGCUGGAGCGUCGCACUGCGGGCGCCAUGGUGCAGUGCGCCGUAGUGGACGCGCUGCCACGGGGCGCCGCGCUCGAGUGGCACGCCUGGGCGCACACCGACAAUAACCGCUUCGACUAUGAGGAAACCGGCUGUAACGUCGGUGAAUUCAAAGUGGCCAUAACGCGACGGUGGAACUACGAUAACACAGUCGCCGCGAUCGUUUGCUACGUCGGUACAGGGUCGUCACCAUCGACUUGUCAGCUUUGGUUCCCGGACGAGGCGUCGUGUCGCUCACAUCGCGAGGUCGCGUCGCGGAUGUCGCGAGAUGAACUCGAGCAGGUCCUAUCGUACGCGGUCGAGAAACUUGUCAACGAAAACACACGCGAUGAACCGCCCGCUGUCGCUCUAAGGAUAUUUUAUCAGGUUUGGAGUGCGCCCCCUAUGUCGGACUUGGUAUCAGCCGCGGCCACUGUGAGCCACAAGCUGGGGACGCGAGUGUCGCUCACCGCGGUGCCAGUGCUGGCUCUACACAACGCCUUCUCCUUCCUCUCCAUCAGCGGUCUGCGCUUUGACGAAUGACACGGUUCCUUUUAUUGGAUGCAGAUGCUUUGUUGCCGAUUUUAAAUUAUAUUAAUGGCUGAAUAUUUCAGUGUUUAUAAAGAUUUUGUUAAUUAUGCUAAUGAGUUUACUCUAUUUAAGUCAAAUAAAUUAUUUUUAUUGCAAUAAA